GCUUUGCCAGGGGCCUGGGAUACUGUUUGGUGUCCUAGGGGCUGGGUGGGGAGGGCUGAGACCCCUUCUCGUUUGCCCUUUUGGGUCUGCCUGUGUCACCUGCCCAUCAUCGGCUGCCUCAAUUUAUGUCUCUCGCCCCACCCGGGUCAGCUAACUCCAGAGCCUCAGAGCAUCAAAGCCAUGGAAGACAAAGUCUGAGCAUCUUGGGCUAAAAGACUCUCUAACUCUCAACCUGGAGACGUCUGGUCAGGUCAUCUGGGCAGAUGACUUCCUUUGCCAGGUCCUGAGUCCAGCACCCUGACCAUGUGCAGCCCUGAGGAGGCGGCCCUGCUGCGGCUGGAGGAGGUCUUCUCGGCCACCCUGGCCCGCACCAACAGCCUUGUCCUCCAGCCCCUGCUCACAGCUGCAGAGCCCUCGGACCCCCAGGGCAGAGAGUGCCUGCGGCUCUUGCAGCAGCUGCACUGGAGCUCCCAGCAGCUCUGGGAGGUGACGGAGGAAAGCCUGCACUCACUGCAGGAGAGGCUGUGCCACCCGGACUCCGUCAGGCUGGAGUCCCUGCUGCUGCUGCGUGGUGCUGACCGUGUCCUGCAGGUUUACAUGGAGUACAUCGAGUCCUACACGAGCUGCAUGGUGGUGCAGGCCUUCCAGAAGGCAGCAAAGAGGAGGAGCGGGUACUGGCGGGUCCAGCGGAAGGUACUACGGCAGCUCCUGUGGGGCAUGAGCUCCGAGGGCUCGGUGGGCACAGCACUGGUCGAGGUCCUCUGCCAGCCGCUCACCUAUCACGUGCAGCAGUAUGUGUUCCUCCUGCUGAGCCUCAGCGACACCAUCGGGGAGCAUCACCCCACCCGGGAGCUGGUGGUGCACACAACCACCCUCUUUGGGGACCUGCAGUCCUUCAUGAGGCAGGCGCUGGACCAGGCUGUGGCCACGCAGGCCCUCUGGCACACCCUGAGCAGCCGGCCGAGGGAUGUGCUCUGCAUCCCUGCUCGCCGACUCUUGCAAGACAGCCAGGACGUACCUGUGACAGUCACCCCGCUGCGGGCAGAGCGUGUGCUGCUCUUUGAUGAUGCCCUCGUCUUGCUGCAGGGCCACAAUGUCCACACCUUUGAUCUGAAGCUGGUGUGGGUGGAUCCUAGGCAGGACGGGUGCACGUUUCACCUCCUCACGCCCGAGGAAGAGUUCUCCUUUUGCUCCAAGGACCCUCAGGGCAAGGUGGUCUGGCAGAGGAAGGUUACCGAGGCUGUGUGCCAGGUCCUGCGUGGGAAGAAGGACUUCCCGGUGCUGGGGGCAGGCCUGGAGCCCUCUGAAACCCCAACCUGCCGCUGCGCAGCAUACACCUUCCGCGCUGAGGGCCGGCUCUGCCAGGCCACCUACGAGGGCCAGUGGUGCCGGGGCAGGCCCCAUGGCAAGGGAGCCCUGAAGUGGCCAGACGGGCGGAAUCAUGUGGGGAACUUCUGCCAGGGCCUGGAGCAUGGCUUUGGCAUCCGCCUGGUGCCCCGGGCCUCUGAGGACAAGUUUGACUGUUACAAGUGCCACUGGUGGGAAGGCAGCAUGAGCGGCUAUGGCAUCUGUGAGAAUGGCACUGAUGAGGUAUACAAGGGCUACUUCCAGGCGGGCCUGCGGCAUGGAUUUGGGGUCCUAGAGAGCACCCCACAGGCCCCUCAGCCCUGCAAGUACACGGGCCACUGGGAGAGGGGCCAGAGGAGUGGCUACGGCAUUGAGGAGGACAGCGACAGGGGUGAGCGCUAUAUUGGCAUGUGGCAGGCUGACCAGCGCCAUGGCCCAGGGGUCAUGGUCACCCAGGCAGGCGUCUGCUACCAGGGGACCUUCCAGGCAGACAAGAUGGUGGGCCCAGGGAUCCUCCUCUCUGAAGAUGACUCCUUGUACGAGGGCACCUUCACCAGGGACCUGACCCUUGUGGGGAAGGGCAAGGUCACCUUCCCCAUUGGCUUCACCCUGGAGGGCUCUUUUGGCAGUGGGGCAGGGGGAGGACUGCACACCCAGGGUGUGCUGGACACAGCUGCCCUCCCGCCAGACCCGAGCAGCACCCGCAAGAGGCAGCUGGGUCUGGGCGUCUUCCCCGUGGAGAGCCGCUGGCAGGGCAUCUACGGCCCCUUCUGGGCCUUUGUGCACGCCGGCUGCCCUGGGGAGCUGCAGGAGGCCCUGUUGGGCUUCCACGUGCAGAGCUCGCGGGCACUGCGCAAGUCCCAGGAGUACCUGUGCUGCGAGAGGACCCACCCCGAGGACAGUGCGUGCAGAAUGGAAGACAUCCUGGAGGAGCUACUGCAGCACCGGGAGCGCGAGGCCCUGCAGCAGUGCCUCAGGAAGGCUCUGAGCAAUCCACUGCACCCCCUGGGAAAGCUGCUCCGGACGCUGAUGCUGACCUUCCAGGCCACGUAUGCAGGCGUUGGGGCUAACAAGCACCUGCAGGGGCUGGCCCAGGAGGAGGUGAAGCAGCAUGCCCGGGAACUCUGGGCCGCCUACAGGGGUCUGCUGCGGGUUGCCUUACAGCGCAAAGGCCAGGCCCCAGAGGAAGAUGAAGAUGCAGAGACGAGGGACCUGCAGGUGCAUGGAUUGGUGCUGCCCCUCAUGCUGCCCAGCUUCUACUCAGAGCUCUUCACUCUCUACCUGCUUCUUCAUGAGAGAGAGGACGGUCUCUACAGCCAGGGCAUCGCCCACCUGAGCCUCUUCCCCGACACCAAGCUGCUGGAGUUCCUGGACGUGCAGAAGCACCUGUGGCCCCUUAAGGACCUCAAGCUGACGACUAAUCAGAGAUGCUCCCUGGUCAGGGACAACUGCUUCCUGUCAGCUACCGAGUGUCUGCAGAGGAUCAUCACCACGGUGGACCCCCGGGAGAAGCUGGAGGUGCUGGAGAGGACAUACGGGGAAAUUGAGGCCACCGUGUCACGGGUGCUGGGCCAGGAGCACAAGCUGCCCAUGGACGACCUGCUGCCACUGCUCAUCUACGUGGUGUCGCGUGCCCGAAUCCAGCACCUGGGAGCCGAGAUCCACCUGAUCCGUGACCUGAUGGACCCCAUCCACACAGGAGGCCUGUAUGACUUCCUGCUCACGGCCCUGGAGUCCUGUUACGAGCACAUCCAGAAGGAAGACAUGAGGCUGCACCGCUUGCCCAGCCGCUGGAACUCCAGGGCGCCCUGGUAGCUCUGCCUCUCCUGGACCAACUGCAGAGCUGAGAGGGGCCACGUGGACUUCUUGUGGGAGCGAGCAUGGCCCAGCCUGGCCCUCGUGGCCCAAGGGGCGGAGGGCAGGAUGGGCCCGUGGAGGCAGCUCUUGGAGGAGAUGGGCAAUUAGUUUCUCGCAGGGAAAUGCUGCUGCUGCCCUGACUGGGACGAGGGUGAGGUGUGACAGGUGUGGCCCCAGAGCUGGUGGCUUCUCCUUCCCCCUCCCCCUGCCACUCUCUCUGCCACUAGGCCAGUCUCGAGUGAGCUCCUUGAGCUGCAGCAGCUCACUGGCUAGGGGCAAGGAGCCCCUGGCUUCUCCUUGCCAGAGCCUUGCUCCCAAGUUAUCGAGGCUCUCUGGGCCUCAGUGUUGCCAUCUAUAAAAUGGUGGACUAGGUGGUCUGUAAAGGACCUUCCAUCCAUCUUCUGGCUUCUGGACGCCACCCAGAAGUCUGACUGUAGUGUGUUGGGCUGUAACUGAAAUUCUCAUGUCACUGU